GAAAUGGAACCGGACAACUGACUACCGGCUCGUCAGGAGCUCCGCCCCGUUUGUGCAACCCCGCCCCUUCCCAGAAUAAAAGUGUUCUGUGCCAGAAUGUGGCCCCCGUUCCACUCCGUCAUAUUCGUCCCCCUCCUUGGCCUCCUGCGUCCGGCUCUUCCCCUCAUCCUGGGACUGUCAUUGGGCUGCAGCCUCAGCCUCCUGCAUGUGUCCUGGAUCCAGGGGGCGGAGUCUGAGGAACAGUGUCGGGGGGCAGCUGGGAGAUUCCUGGAACUGCAGCCCAACAAUCAGAAGAACCUGAACCCCAAGAUUAUUCCUUACAGCCGGACUCCCCGUGUCCCUCCAAGCAAAGUACUGAGGACUCGCUACAUCCAAUCAGAACUUGGAUUCAGAGAGCGCCUCUCAGUGAUUGUGUUGUCGUCUCGCUCCACUAUGAACACUCUCGCGGUGGCUGUGAAUCGCACUCUCUCGCCUCAUGUCACCCGCUUAGUGUUCUUCACAGCAGCCCAAGGACCCAAAGCCCCAGCGGGAAUGGAAAUUGUGGCCGUUGGGGAUGAGCGUCCGGCUUGGCUGAUGUACCACACCCUGCGCUACAUGGAGAGACACCUCCUGUCUGGGUACGACUGGUUCUUUGUGACUCUCGAUGACUCUUACACUAAUGGAUAUCUCCUUCAGGACUUGGUCACUCACUUCAGUCCUGCUCCACCCAUCUAUGUGGGGCGGCCAAUGGAAUUCAUUGGGGGGCAGGAGAGCUGGCGAUAUUGCCAUGGAGGUUCUGGCUUCCUGUUGUCCCGCUCUCUGCUCCUGAGACUGGCGCCACAUUUGGAUUCUUGCCGCUCCGAUAUCUUGAGCUCCAGGUCCGACGAGUGGUUGGGCCGAUGCUUACAGGACAGUUUGGGCCUGGCCUGUGUCUCCAAAUACCAGAACCUGCACUUUACCAGCCUGGAACUCCCCAGGAACCUGAACAUCGAGAACUUGGCAGAGGAGUCGCUCCGUGGGGCACUUUCCGUUUACCCAAUGAGGGACCCAGUAGUAAUGUACCAGCUGCAGCACCGGCUCAGCCACAUUAGGUUGCACAGAACGUACAGCAGAAUUCGCCAGCUGCAGGCGGAGAUCCAAAACCUCUCCUUGUGGACUCAGAGUACCGAGGUGUCUUGGCCCGUGGGGAUCAACCCUCCUUUCAGCCCAACAUCUCGUUUUGACCUUCUGACUUGGGAGUACUUCACAGAGACCCAUGCCUACUCCUGCCAUGAUGGCGCCCCCAAGUGCCCGUUACAGGGAGUGGGGCUACUGGAUGUACAGCAGAUACUGGAGGAGGCAGUGGAGCAGCUGAAUGGUCGCUAUUAUCCGAUUCUCCAAUUCCACCUGCGGCGCCUACUCAAUGGCUACCGACGCUUCGACCCCACCCGUGGCAUGGAGUACACGUUGGACUUGCUGCUCCAAGUUACCACAGAGAGGGGCCAUGUUGGUGUCCUGAGCAAGCGGCUCAGCCUCUUGCGCCCACUGGGUCGGGUUGAGAUACUUCCCAUGCCCUACGUUACGGAGGCCACCCGCGCUCAGUUGGUGUUACCCCUGGAGCCCACAGAUACUGCCUAUGUGGCGGGAUUCCUAGAUGCCUUUGCCACCAAUCUUCUCGAUACCCAGGACAACGUGGCCCUCACAGUGGUGCUGCUCUACGACUUGGCCUCAGCGGGGCGCACAACUGACGCCUUUGAAGAAGUCCGUACCGUCAUUUCUCAGCUGGAGAGGAGGUUCUCCCACUUCCAUGUAGAGCAAGUCCGGGUCAGGACCGAGAGCCCUUCCCAGGUUGGGAUCAUGGAGGUGGUUUCCAAGAAGCAUCCAAUGGACACGCUGUUUUUCCUAGUGAGUGGGCGGAGUCAAGUCACGACAGAGGCAGUGAAUCGCUGCCGGAUGAAUACGAUAAAAGCCUGGCAGGUUUUCUCUCCCAUCCACUACCAGGAAUACAGCGCGGAUAUUGUGCGCCACGGCCUCCACCCUCCGCCCUCCCAACAUCCCAUGCAAAAUGGCCGCUUUGACCGCUUCUCCUCCUCCGAAUUCUGCUUCUAUAAUUCCGACUUCAUGGCUGCCAGGCGGAAGAUGCAAUCUGACAGGGGCGAGCGAGAGGAGGAAGAGGAGGAAGAGGGCGGUUACACCCAACUGCUAGAGCUGUUCCUACACUUCUCAGAACUUCAUGUGUUCCGGGCGCUGGAACCGGCACUGGUCCAAAGCUUCUCCUUGAGGCCCUGCAGUUCCCACCUGUCCGGAGACGGGUAUCACCGCUGUGUCCUUAGCAACCUGGAGUCCUUAGGCUCACGGAGUCACCUGGCUAUGGCUCUGUUUGAGCAGGAACAGACACACAGUACGUAAUGAGGCAAAACUGACCAAUUGCAUGAGAGGAGGACACCCCAGGACCAAUACCAGCAGCCCAUGCAGCCUCUUCCAAAAACUUCUAUAUUGGGGGAACCAAAGCAAUAAUGUCAGAAUCUGGGCCAACUAGCCCAAUAGCACCAGUAUGUACCCAGGUCUCCAUGUACCCGGGGGCUAUAACUCCAUGUACCCGGGGGCUAUAACUCCAUGUACCCAGGUCUCCAUGUACCCGGGGGCUAUAACUCCAUGUACCCGGGGGCUAUAACUCCAUGUACCCGGGGGCUAUAACUCCAUGUACCCAGGGGCUAUAACUCCAUGUACCCGGGGGCUAUAACUCCAUGUACCCGGGGGCUAUAACUCCAUGUACCCGGGGGCUAUAAUUCCAUGUACCCGGGGGCUAGAACUCCAUGUACCCGGGGGCUAGAACUCCAUGUACCCGGGGGCUAGAACUCCAUGUACCCGGGGGCUAGAACUCCAUGUACCCGGGGGCUAGAACUCCAUGUACCCGGGGGCUAUAACUCCAUGUACCCGGGGGCUAGAACUCCAUGUACCCGGGGGCUAGAACUCCACGGGGCAGAUAGCUGUGACACUAAGGAGGUGCCACUUGUUGAAAUGUGGUUGUUGCUGCUGGAAAUGUUAGAAAUGCAAAUGAAGUGGACUGUUGCCAUAGAAACAAUGACUUCCUAAUAGACGAUAAUGGGUUUUUGACUGUGCCACAGAUGCCGCCUGGUUCUGCCAGUCUGGCCCAAUGGGCCCGCGCUCUUGCCAAUAAAUAUGAUGCCCACGCCCUA